GAAGAGCUUUGUUCAAAAAUUGCAAAGAUAUUUCUUUGGAAACAAAUCAGGGAUGUCCGCAGCAGUGGCCGGAGUCCCAGGGAUCGGGAAAACAACAAUGGUACAAAAGAUUGUUUAUGACUGGGCCACGGGGAAGAUAUACCAACAAUUCCAGUUUGUCUUCAGUUUCAAAUUCCGGGAUUUAAACACCAUUAACUGCAGAAUAAACCUGAAAGAACUGAUUCUGCAUCAUUACCCCUACUUUGGGAAUAUGCUGGGAGAGAUCUGGAAACAGACAGAGGGAAUGCUGUUCAUAUUCGAUGGUUUGGAUGAAUUUAAGGACAAAAUCAACUUUGUUGAUGGUCGAAGAGACACAGAAUCACAGGACACAGAUCCUGAAUUCAAGUGCAAGGUGUCUGACAUUGUGUACCGUUUAAUCCAGGGCAAGCUGCUCCCAGGGUGUUCAGUGCUGGUGACCACCCGCCCCACUGCAUUACAUUUAUUGGAAAAGGCAGACAUCAGUAUCUGGGCUGAAAUCCUGGGAUUUGUUGGUGAGGAACGGAAGGAAUAUUUCAUCAGACAUUUUGAAGAUCAGAUGGUGGCGGAAGCUGUUUUCAAACAUGUGAAGGAGAACGAGGUCCUGUAUACCAUGAGCUACAACCCCUCCUACUGCUGGAUCCUUGCUCUGGCACUGGGCCCCUUUUUCACACAAAGAGUCAGAGACCCACAGCGAGUUCCCAAGACCGUCACCCAACUGUACUCCUACUAUAUUUACAACAUCCUGAAAAACCACGGCCGUGAGAUUGACAACCCCCGUGAUGUGUUACUCAGGGUUGGUCAGAUGGCCUUCAGAGGAGUGUACGAGAGGAAGAUUGUGUUUACAGAUGGAGAUUUGAUCAACUACAAUCUGCAGCCUUCCCAGUUCCUGUCCGGGUUCCUGAUGGAGCUUUUGGAGAGAGAGGAUUCUGCUCGGAGCGUGGUGUACACAUUCCCACACCUCACUAUCCAAGAGUUUGUAGCUGCAGUCGCACAAUUCCUGAAUCCACAUCCCGGGGAUAUCCUGAAAUUCCUCACUGAAGCCCACAACACGACAGAUGGACGAUUUGAGGUAUUUCUUCGUUUUGUUGCUGGUCUCUCCUCCCCAAUGACAGCUCGGGGCCUGGAGGAGUUUCUGUGUCCAUUUCCUCAUCAAACAACCUGCCGGGUGAUUGACUGGGUGAAGGAGGAGGUUCAACGCCAGAGUGGAAACACAGUGAGUGAAGCUGGUAAAAGGAGCCUCCUGAACACAUUGCACUACCUGUUUGAGUCUCAGAAUAGUGGACUGGCUCAGGCCGCACUGGAAUCUGUGGAAACACUUUCAUUCCGUGGAAUGACACUGACCCCGAUUGACUGCGCGGUCCUGUCUCAUGUCAUCGGACUCUGUGAUACAAUAAAACACCUGGACCUGGGGAACUGCCACAUUCAGUGUGAAGGAAUCCAGCGGCUGGGUCCCGGGCUGCACAAGUGCCAGGAUUUGAGACUUGGGGAGAACGACGUGGGAGAUUCAGGAGUGAAACUGGUGUCUGCGGCUCUGAGGAACCCGGAGUGUAAAAUACAGAAACUGGAGCUGUGGGGUGUCGGUCUCACAGAUUCUGGUGCAGAGGAUCUCGCCUCCGCUCUCAGUACAAACCCAUCACUGACGGAGCUGAACCUGAGUUAUAAUAAACUGGGAGAUUCAGGAGUGAAACUGGUGUCUGCGGCUCUGAGGAACCCGGAGUGUAAAAUACAGACACUGUGGCUGAACAAUGUCGGUCUCACAGAUUCUGGUGCCGAGGAUCUCGUCUCCGCUCUCAGUACAAACCCAUCACUGACGGAGCUGAACCUGAGUGAUAAUAAACUGGGAGAUUCAGGAGUGAAACUGGUGUCUGCGGCUCUGAGGAACCGGGAGUGUAAAAUACAGAAACUGUGGCUGAUCCGUGUCGGUCUCACAGAUUCUGGUGCCGAGGAUCUCGCCUCCGCUCUCAGUACAAACCCAUCACUGACGGAUCUGAGCCUGGGAUCAAACUCUCUGACAGACCAAUCUGUCCCCGCUCUCCGCCGCCUCAUACUGACCCUCCGGAGUCUGGAGUGGAUCUGGCUGGAGGGGAAUCUGUUCAGUGAGACCGGGGAGAAUGAACUGAGAUCUCUGCGGGGAGUCAGACCCGGACUGAGAGUGUGGAUCUGAACAUCUGAAUGUGUGAACAUCCCCGCCCGCUGGAUGGGGACAUUUGGCCAACUCCCCGCCCACCCCUUUAACUCCCGCCCUUACCUUUAACGGCCGCGCGCCGGGGCUGAUUCCCAACGGUUUUAACGGACCCGGCUCGGGCCCCGCGCUGCGUCCCGCAGUGACGUGUUUCCGCCUGUUGUCCGCCGGAAGUGCGAGUUCGAGACUCCCACGUGACACGCCGGAGAAUUACCAAGACAGGAAGAACCCCGGGGCCGGGGCUCAGUCUGGGACACCGGUGUCCCGGGGUGGGGGCGAUGAUCCCGGGAGAGAAUCCUUUUGCCCCCUUUCUGAGGAAGGUGCAUUCGGCAGCCUGGCCGAUAUAAUGAUGUUAAAUGGACAAAUCCCUCGGCAGUGACCCUGGAUCUGCAGCGAUCCCGGACACAGCCCUGAAGUGUGAUUUUAUAAUCAUCGGUUCCCCGGUGCAGAGUGACGGUGAGAAACGGGACUGAUUGUUCAACCGGUCACUCCUUGUCGCCGGUCAGUUAAUUGUGUGUGACUGUGAGCAGAUUAUUUAUUCCCGCACGUCAGCAGCUCAUACAUUGUUUAAGUUACUUUUGUAAAUUUACUCACACCCGGGACCAGCCACAGAGAGAAUUGUCCUCCACACUGUCCCAUCACACACUUGCAAUGCCAAACACACAGUGAAGUUCCGUCUGCACCAUUCCAUCACUCAAUGAAUUCCACCCUGCAAAAUCUCAUUUCAAGGAAGCAGACACCAUCAAUUUGCGGGAGACUCCCGGAACUCCCGGGAGAAGUGGGAUGUCUGCAAGAGAGUAGCUCCUUAGCGGCCAGCCAGCUAGUUUAAAUAGCGUUAGCUAUGCGAAUGAACGAAUGACACCCGUUAAACUCACCUCAACAGUGAUUUAACCCCCCACGGGCAAUAGAAAAGUCACUGUUGCAAACAGUGCAGCGAGCAACACUGUCAUUAUUCCUGACCCCUAUUAGGCAGAGGUACACUUUAGUGUAGUCUGUGGUGAAGUACGUUUAGUAUUUUCUUUUUUUUUAAAUACUCUGCCAUGGAGCGCUCUCUCCCUCUCCCUGCCCCUCUCAAAAAAAUCGAUUUGCGGGAGAUUGUAUAUAAUUCGCGGGCGUCAGGGAGCCGCGAACAAUAUGCGGGAGACUCCCGGAACUUCCGGGAGAGGUGGGAUGUCCGACGCUUCACUUGAAAUGGCCGCUGGGGAGGGAGUGACGGCUUUGGUAGAAGUGAGCACAAGAGAGGGAGGGACGCGCUGAUUUAAAAUGGGCGAAUCCUUGGUUAAUGUGGCCGCCAGGGAUGGAGUGAGACACUGACUUACAAUGGCCACUGUGACACACAGAAUCUAUGGUGAAGGAACGUGCGGUGCCCAUGGAUACAAUCCCGGAAUCGAGUGUGUUAUUGAUUGUAAUAACAGUAUUUUAAUUUGUGUUUUAUAUUGUCU